UUAUUUUAUCACAAUACUCAGACACAGUUAUGAUAUUAUAUGAACCACAAACAAUCAUAAAUGCCCCAUUACAUGAAAAUAAAAGAAAUGAUACUUAAUAUAGGAAUACCCCAGCUGGGCUACACUAAUGUUUCAGCAAAACAAAGUCAUUCAAAAUAGGGUUUUAGCAGCACAAAGUGAUUCAAAUUAAAAAGAUACCAAGGGAAAUGGGGUCGUAAAUUAAAGAACAUUAAAUAUAUGCAUUAGAAAUAUUAAUAAAUAAAUAAAGACAAAUAUAUAGAUUUAGAAAUAAAUAAAACAUUUUCAUUUGAAAAACAUUUAAGCAUCUGAUGUACAUGUGAACUAAGGGACACACACACACACACACACACACACACACACACACACACACACACACACACACACACACACAAAACAAAAAAUAAUACACUAAAUGUCUCCUUUUUGUGUCAUUUGCCCUCAAGUUUAAACACUUCACUAUGACCAUUCCAAAGCACUGACACUGGAGACCCCUUCCAUAAACAUGUCUUUAAAAUCUAAGUGAAAUUGUAAGGAGUAAAAAAAUUUGCAAUUAAAUAUGUUUGAUAUUUAUUUUCUGUCAUAUAUCAGAUCUGCUUUAAUCACCAUGUCUGAAGUUCCAGUUCCUCCCAAAGUCCAGGAGAACUUUCAGGACAAUGCAGCCUGUAGGGAACUUGUUUCUGUCGGUGAGCCUGAAACCCAUCAGAAGGCCAACAGCACCACAGGAAAAUACGGAAUGUGGUUCCAGGACCCAGAGUCUCCAGGAGCUCCGUAUGGGCCAGACACGGUGUGGUGCAUCGACACUGUGAGCAGUGAAGUACGAGAACUGUACGCCUAUGAAAACCUGGAGCAGCUUGCCCGUGACUACCCCACCAAGGUCCUGCUUUUACCAGAGUCGAUGGGGAGCACCGGGGCCACCGUGUACCACGGAUUGCUUUACUACCGACGCAGACAGAGCCCCACGUUGCUGCGUUAUGACGUUGCUGCUGAGAACAUCGUGGCCAGGAGAGAGCUGCCACACCCAGGAUUUCAUGUCCAGUAUCCUUAUUCCUGGGGUGGCUACACCGACAUCAACCUGGCUGUGGGUGACAAGGGACUGUGGGCCAUUUACAGCACAGAAAAGGCUCGUGGAGGCUCAUCAUUAUCUCACAGCUGGAUCCUGAAAACAUGAGAGUGAUCAGAAGCUGGGAGACCAACAUCCAGAAGAACAAAGUGCCGAACGCUUUCAUGGUGUGUGGCAGACUGUACACUGUACAACCCAACUUUUAUAACAUCGUGUAACUUAGCGCCAUCUUCUGGCAAAUAGAUUCAACUGCAAAUACAGUGAUAACGUAAGUGCUUCCAAAACUUCCUCUGGUGCCUCCUUCAUUCUGCCAUCAUUAUCCUUCAUGAAAAUGAUCCAGCAUCUUUACAAAAGUAGUGGUGUGUUCUCUAAAUGUGCUUAGAAAAAUGGGUGAAUAUAGAAAGAGGUAGAUUUUGGAUAAAGGAAUCCCAAAUGGGACUUCACAUGGAAGUGUAUUUUGUUGGAAUAUGUGAUGUUAACAACCUGUAUAAGUUCUUUAAAUGCACCUCUGUAUCUAAAUAAAUCCAUUUACUGUAUCUAAACCAGUAAA